GGCAGAGAAAAAAUCUCUGCAGAUCACUAACUCGGGGCGUCUACAAUAGAUUUGUACAUACUGUUAAAGGUGUAGGAUUAUUUUACAAUCACAAGGGAACGAAAAGGUCUUAUCUACCAGUACAAUGAGGGAACACCUGUCUCUCCUAGCCCUGGCUCUGGUUUGCUGCUGCUUCUGGAGCGUUCAGGCUGAAGUCUACACCUCUAUAGGUCAAAUGACAGACCUGAUAUACACAGAGAUGGAGUUGGUUCAGUCCUUGAAAGAAUAUAUUCAAGCAGAGGAGUCCAAACUUGCUGCUGUGAAAAGCUGGGCUAACAAGCUGGACGUGCUGACGCGUGCCUCCACCUCAGACCCAGAGGUCUACCUGGCCCACCCCGUCAACGCCUACAAGCUGAUGAAGAGACUCAACACCGAGUGGUCCGAGCUGGAGAGCCUUGUGCUGCAGGACCCCUCAGAUGGGUUCAUCUCCAACAUGACUGUACACAGGCAGUACUUCCCUGACGAGGAGGAUGAGAAAGGUGCUGCCAAGGCACUGAUGCGUCUCCAGGACACGUACAAACUGGAUUCAGAGAGUUUCUCCAAGGGCAAACUUCCUGGUAUGCACCAGAAUGCCAUCCUGACAGUAGAUGACUGUUACGACAUGGGGAAGACGGCGUACAACGAGGCAGACUACUACCACGCGGUGCUGUGGAUGCAGCAGGCCCUCAGGCAGAUGGAUGCAGGGGAGGAGCACGUGGUGUCCAAGGCUGAUGUCCUGGACUAUCUCAGCUACUCCGUCUACCAGAUGGGAGACCUGCCCCGCGCCAUCGAGCUGACACGCCGCCUAGUGGCCAUCGACUCGAGCCACCAGAGGGCAGGAGGGAACCUGCGUUACUUUGAGAAGCUGCUGUCCAAGCAGCUGAAGGAGCUGAACCAAGAGGUCCAGGAGCCGGCCACAGAGGAGCCCAUCCAGCUGGGGACCUACAAGAGACCCAAGGACUACCUGCCUGAGAGGGAGAUCUACGAGGGCCUGUGUAGGGGAGAGGGAGUCAAAAUGACCAGUGAGCGGCGCAGCCGGCUGUACUGCCGUUACCAUGACGGGAACAGGAACCCUCGCCUGCUGCUCCAGCCCAUGAAGGAGGAGGACGAGUGGGACAGCCCACACAUCGUCCGCUACCUCAACGCCCUUUCAGACUCAGAAAUUGAGAAGAUUAAGCAGCUGGCCAAGCCCAGGCUUGCGAGAGCUACUGUUCGAGACCCCAAAACAGGCGUCCUGACCACAGCAAACUACAGGGUAUCAAAAAGUGCCUGGCUGGAGGGGGAGGAGGACCCUGUUAUUGAGCGUGUCAACCAGAGGAUAGAGGACAUCACAGGCCUGACAACGCAGACUGCCGAGUUACUCCAGAUUGCUAACUAUGGGGUCGGAGGACAAUAUGAGCCACAUUUUGAUUUCUCCAGGAAAGAUGAACCUGAUGCUUUCAAAACAUUAGGCACUGGAAAUCGUGUGGCUACUUUUUUAAAUUACAUGAGUGAUGUUGAAGCGGGAGGAGCAACUGUGUUCCCAGACUUUGGAGCAGCUAUAUAUCCCAAAAAGGGAACUGCAGUCUUCUGGUACAACCUCUUUAGGAGUGGAGAGGGAGACUACAGGACUAGACACGCUGCCUGUCCUGUGUUAGUAGGAUGUAAAUGGGUCUCCAACAAAUGGAUCCACGAACGAGGUCAGGAGUUCAGGAGACCAUGUGGCCUGACAGAAGUGGACUGAACUUGACCUCCCACCCCUGAACCCUGGCUGGAGGAGUACACUCCAACUGCAGUGCCUGAACUUUUGAUUGAAAACACACACACACACACACACACACACACACACACACACACACACACACACACACACACACACACACACACACACACACACACACACACACACACACCCCCCUACCUACUGUGGUAUCCAUUAUGGCUUUUAACAAUGAUCUGAAGCUUGGGAGUCUGCAGUACCUAUGCAGAUAGAGAGAAAUGGAUAUGUAGCAUUAAAGUAUCUGAUUUCUUGUUUUGUUUACAUGUUUAUUUAGCAUUCAGAUGUUUCAUACGAAAAUGACUUAUGCAUAACCACAUACUGACUGCACAACCCUAUCAGAACAUACUGCUUCAUCUAUUCCUGUCCAUUUAUGUUUGUAUUUAUAGACUUCUUAAAUUAUUACACUGUAUGAUUGUGACCUUUUUAAAAGAUGGAAAAUGUGGAGCAGAAUAAACAGUGUAUUUGA